UCCAAAAUGGCGGCGAACUUUUGGCUUUCUUCUCACUGCAAUCAAUGGCUCCUUGACCGUGAAGAAAUUCAACUUGAAAGACAGCGUGACUACCAAUACCUGAAGGAAGAGGACUACAAAAAAAUCCACAUUUUUUUCAUCAACUUCAUCCAAGCUUUAGGCGAACAUUUGAAGCUGCGACAGCAAGUCAUUGCCACAGCUACGCUCUAUUACAAAAGAUUUUAUGCGAGGAAUUCUUUGAAGAGUAUAGAUUCGCUCCUUAUGGCUCCGACAUGCACUUAUUUAGCCCAUAAGACAGAGGAGUGCGGUGUGAUAUCCAACAAUCGCUUCACUGCAGCUUGUAAUACUGUUGUAAAAAACAAGUUCUCUUUUGCUUUUCCCGGCGAGCAGUUUCCCUACAGAAUGUCUCAAGUUCUGGAAUGUGAAUUCUUCUUAUUAGAGAUGAUGGACUGUUGUUUGAUUGUAUACCAUCCUUAUCGACCUCUCACACAGUAUGUUGCCGACCUUGGAAUGGAAGAUGCCAUUCUACCAAUUGCUUGGCGUAUCUUGAAUGACAGUUUGCGAACUGAUGUCUCUCUCAUCUACCCUCCUUACCAGAUUGCAUUGGCUGCCAUUUACAUGGCGUGCGUCAUUCAACAGAAAGAUUCCAAGCAGUGGUUUGCCGAUCUGUCUGUUGAUAUGGACAAAGUGCUGGAAAUCACUCAGGAGAUUCUACAGCUGUAUGAACUUUGGAAGAGUUACGAUGAAAGAACUGAAAUAUCAGCUAUUCUGAGUAGAGCACCAAAACCUAAAAUACGACCUACAUCGGCCACACCUGGCCAGACUCCGUCACCUGUGCCGCCAGAAUCUUAAAAUUGAAGUUAUCAUGUUGUAUUUUAAAUGCCGGAAAUAUGCAUCACAAUGUUUCAAAGCUGAACUUCAUAAUAAUAUCAUUGCAAGUUUUCAGUAUGUUCUACUAUAGGCCCUUUGUAGAAGCCUCAUUUAUGGCACUUCUAAGGGUUUUUAAAAUGGCUUUAAAAAUCAAUAAUUCCAUGGAAAAAGUUGCUGGAUGGAUAGCUUUGACAUUCCAACACAAAAACCAUGACCAUUUUAAUUAUUUUAAGACAAGGCUUUGUGACAGGGUUCUACACAGAACCUAUUGUGAGGGUUAAGUUAUUUCUUUUUGUUUGAAUGGCUGGAUUAAAAAUGUAACACCCAGCCCUAUAUACCAGCUACUCUAUUUACUGUCUCUGUUUUGUGCCAACCUUACUUCUUUCUUGUAAUGAUUCCAAUUUUGUAAUUGUGACUGUUGUAUCUUGUGCAUUAGAAAGCAAUGUAAGACCAUGACUGUCUAGGCAACCCUAGCCAUGUAUUAGUCAAGACUGGUAACAGAUCCAGAAAAAUUCAAAUGGACUGGGUGGGAGGGGGGGGAGAAGUGGGGAAUUGAAAUGGGUCCUUUCUUACCUGACAAAGUGGGACCUGGAUACAUGAAACAAAGGUGGGAAAGAGAAUUGUCAGCCCUGUGGGGCUUAUGUUUCAGGACGUGCCUGCCAGUGAUCUUCCCCCAGUGUGUUAACAAUUUAACAGCAUUAGGACAGUUGAUUACACUACUUGCUACGUAGAAACUUCCAUGUCACAUUGCAUGUAGUGUUUCAAAAUAUCUUAAAUAUUCAAGUCAUAGUGUGCUAAAGCUCUGUAUUUCUGUUCUGCUCUUUUCUUUUCUUUGUUUUUUUUUUUUUUUUUGCUGCAUCUAAUAGUCACUUUUCCUGUAUUUCCUUGUUGAAGUUUGUGAAGUUCCCAAUGUUACUAAAAUUUCUAUUCAACAGCUUUUUUUCUGAAAGUAUUUACAUGUAACUGAAUUUAUAUUCUGCUACUUGACAUAAUAUUUUAGACUUAUAUUUUCUAUUUGAUAAUGCUAUCACUCACUUGUGAAAAGUGAAUAUCUUGAGUCUUUUUUCCUUAUUGUAAUUUUACUAUGUCAAGAUUAAAAGAAGAGGAACUUCCA